CGCUCCAGCUGCACUCGAGUCUCAUUCCUCCGCUUCCCUCCAAACCGUCGGGAGACACAAGUGGAAGUUCAUGAAUUAAAGGUUGUGAAAGACUCCAGGAAUCCAGGCGCUCGGGUUCUUUUGCUCACACCGAGACAAUGAACGACGUGGAGAUGGGGCAGCUGUCCUUCAAAGACAUCGACCUGGAUAUGAAACAAAAGGACGCCAAACCCCACUGGUACGAGAAGUACGUGCAGCCCUGCGUGGCCGAGCUCCUGGGCACGGCCCUUUUCGUCUUCGUUGGUUGCGUCUCCGUCAUCGAGAAUGAGGACUCCACGGGCCGGCUACAGCCGGCGCUGGCCCACGGACUAGCACUAGGGCUGACUAUCGCUAUCCUGGGAGGAAUAAGUGGUGGACAUUUCAACCCCGCCGUGUCUCUGGGCGCCUGCAUAAUCGGAGGGCUUAACAUCGUACUGGUUGUCCCGUACUGGAUUUCCCAGCUGUGCGGAGGGAUGGCUGGAGCAGCCCUGGCAAAGGCUAUGACCGUGGGUAUCAAUUAUAAUAAUGCCACAGGAGCGGCGUUCACGGCCGUGUCAGAAGACGAACAGGUACCGCGAGCCAUCGGGGCCGAGAUCAUCAUGGCGUUCUUCCUCGUGCUCGCUGUUUGCAUGGGCGCCAUCAACGAGAAGACACGGACCCCUCUGGCCCCGUUUUGCAUCGGAUUUACUGUCACCGUGGAUAUUCUGGCUGGGGGCGCUAUCUCGGGGGCAUGUAUGAAUCCUGCCAGAGCUUUCGGCCCGGCCGUGGUGGCAAAUUACUGGGACUAUCACUGGGUAUAUUGGGUAGGACCCAUGUCCGCCGGAUUGCUGGUGGGAGGACUGAUCAGGCUACUCUUGGGCGACAAGAAGGUCCGUCUCUUUCUGAAAUGACGUCACGGGCAAAGUCUCUCCGCUGCCCAACGCAAGGCUCCCUCAAGUGAGAACAUCCACCCAAAAUACACCCCACUCAAACAGGACUUGAGCUCAUAAACACUUUACCGAUCCCAAGAGUCCGAGUGAGGAGGCAACUCCUGCUCAUCCUGCCACGGACAGCUUACAAGUGGUGGCCAAGACAACAAAACUAUCCUACUUACUAUUACCACGUGAUGUACACAGGAUUGUGAAAAGUAUUAUAGAUAAAUAGUUUGGGGAGAGAUCUAUAUAAAUCAAGAUCCUUCCAUGUCAUUUUUGCCCCGGGUCCCCAGAUGUUUUGGGAAUGCGAGGGUUGGCUUCCAUCUUUGAUUUCGCCAAGGAACCUGGCCAACACCAUCAUCUACCAAUGUCUUGUAGACCCCAUAGCAGCAAUGUUGAAUUUUUAUACCAAGAUGCUUUGGGUGAAGCUACAUUUUCCAUCUCCAUUUGGCCACUGUGUGGUCCAGUCUUUUAAAUCAUCUUAAACUCCAUAUUUGAAAGAUAUAUAAAAAAAAAAACAUUUUUUUUAAUGUUUGUUGGCAAGUGAAAUUCCAAGGGUCACGUGAUAUCGCUAAUAUAUCUCACUAAUAUAAUCAUGCCUAAUGUAUAUUUUUAAUACAAAUUGUCCAGUUUACUUAUGUUAAUAGCUGUGAUGGCAACAUUUACGGUAACCCAGAUGUGUCCUGACAUUUCACAGACACAUUUAGAAAUGGACAAAUCUGUCAUAUUUGGAUAAUUUCCCUAUAUUAAAAUCAGUAGAUAACGCCAAUUAAAUUCAGCAGGAUCUCUCUCUCUCUAUAUAUAUAGAUAG